AUGAGGUCCAGCCGUUACACAGCUGAAUCGCUGUAUUCCCUCGCUCUGAAAUGCCUUAUCAGCCUCUCCACGAUCAUCUUGCUCGGACUCAUCAUCGUGUACCAUGCGCGGGAGAUCCAGUUGUUCAUGGUGGACAAUGGAGCAGAUGACUGGAGAAUAGCCAUGACUUAUGAGCGUAUUUUCUUUAUCUGCUUGGAAAUACUGGUGUGUGCUAUACAUCCCAUACCUGGGAACUAUACGUUCACAUGGACAGCUCGACUUGCCUUUUCUUACGCUCCAUCCACAGCAACAGCUGAUGUGGAUAUUAUUUUAUCUAUACCAAUGUUCUUAAGACUAUAUCUUAUCGCCAGAGUUAUGCUUUUGCAUAGCAAACUUUUCACUGAUGCCUCAUCUAGAAGCAUUGGAGCAUUAAAUAAGAUAAACUUCAAUACUCGUUUUGUUAUGAAGACUCUAAUGACAAUAUGUCCAGGAACAGUACUGUUGGUUUUUAGUAUCUCAUUGUGGAUAAUUGCUGCGUGGACUGUCCGAGCUUGUGAAAGGUACCAUGAUCAGCAGGAUGUUACUAGUAACUUCCUUGGAGCCAUGUGGUUGAUUUCGAUAACUUUUCUAUCCAUUGGAUAUGGUGACAUGGUACCUAAUACGUACUGUGGGAAAGGAGUCUGCUUACUCACUGGAAUCAUGGGUGCUGGGUGCACUGCACUGGUGGUAGCUGUGGUGGCAAGGAAGUUAGAACUUACCAAAGCUGAAAAACAUGUGCAUAAUUUCAUGAUGGACACCCAGCUAACUAAAAGAGUGAAAAAUGCAGCUGCCAAUGUACUCAGGGAAACAUGGUUAAUUUAUAAAAACACAAAGCUGGUUAAAAAGAUAGACCAUGCAAAAGUAAGGAAGCAUCAACGCAAAUUCUUGCAAGCUAUUCAUCAAUUAAGAAGUGUGAAAAUGGAACAAAGGAAACUGAAUGACCAAGCCAACACUUUGGUGGACCUGGCAAAGACUCAAAACAUCAUGUAUGACAUGAUCUCUGACUUAAACGAAAGAAGUGAAGAUUUUGAGAAGAGAAUUGUUACUCUGGAAACUAAACUGGAAACUUUAAUUGGUAGUAUUCAAGCUCUCCCUGGACUGAUUAGCCAGACGAUCAGCCAGCAACACAGGGAUUUCCUUGAGGCUCAGAUGCAGAAUUAUGAUCAGCACGUUACCUACAGUGCUGAGCGAUCACGAUCUUUGUCAAGAAGAAGGAGAUCCUCCUCCACAGCACCACCAACUUCAUCGGAGAGUAGCUAGAAGACAAUAAGUUAACUGCAAAAUAAAGACUUUUUGCCAUCA